AUGCUUUCAAGUAAUAUAUGUCUUGGGAUUGUUUUCCUCUGUGAGACUGUAGCUGGGAUCAUGGUAAAUAUCUUCCUCCUGUCUCUUCAUAUUUUAAAGGUCAUUACUGGUCACAAGGUGACACCUAUAAACCUGAUUCUUACCCAGUUGAUCUUGGCCAAUGUCACCAUACUUGCUAGCAAGGGUAUCCCACAAACAUUGUUAGUUUUGGGGUGGAACAAUUUCCUGGAUGAAGUUGGAUGUAAAAUUUUAUUUAAAAAAAAAAAAGUGAGCCAAAGGCUUUCAGUUUCCUUCACUUGCCUCCUUAAUAAUACCUUUCAAGCAAUCACUAUCAGUCCUAGUGUCUCCAAGUGGACAAAGUACAAAGCCAGAGCCUCAGAAUUCAUUGCCCCCACCUGUAUCUUGUUUUGGAGCCUCAAUCUUCUGAUUGAAAUUCCUGUACCAGUAACUGUGAGAAGCCCAAAGAUCAGUACUAACAUUACAUAUAGGAUAAAUAUUGUGUAUUGUUCUUUGGGAAGAUUUCUGAAGACCUUUUUAAUCAUAACCACUCUCAGAAAUGUGUUCUGUGUAGGACUUAUGAUCUGUACCUGUGGGUAUAUAGUAUUUCUCCUGUAAAGACACCACCAGCAGGUCCAGAAUAUCUAUAGCACCAGGCUCUCUCCCAGAGCCUCUCCUGAGAUCAGAGCAACCAAAAACAUCCUGGUGAUGGUGAUCUUCUUUGUCUGCUGUUACUUAUUCAACUCCAUCUUGGUGCUUUGUUUUAGUUACGUAGGUCAAAGAGAUGUCUGGCUAUAG